CCUCCCUCCGCUCCUGCGCCCGUCCGCCUGCCUCUGACCCGGGCCCUUCCUUUUUUUGCCGCCGUGGGGUUUGUUUCCCUCUUUGCCUCAGCAGCUCCUUACCAUAUCCAGGCUGCUUGCCGCUGAGGAUUACUUGUCUUCCCUUCGUCGUCGUCGUCGUCUCUCCUCUCUCUCCCUCUCUCCCUCCCCGUCUAUACAUCUUUCCUAGAUCGCUACCUUCUCUUUGACCAGUUCCACCCUUACGGUCUCCCUCCCCCUUCGGUACUACGCCUGGCUCCUUCCGCUGCCGCCCAUACGCGUCCGCGCCAUCAUUCCCGCCCGCUUUUAGUCGCGUUUCGCUCACUGUACGGCAAUCCGCUCCCCCACUGGGCGUUCCCGCUCUCAGUCAAAAGUCUUGAGAUUUGGGGAUUCAUCUCAACAUCGCGCCAUUGUCGCCUCCAGUAGAUAGACGUCCCUGCUCCACUGUCCUUACCUCAAAUGGCCUCGGUACUCAAGUCUUUCAAGGUCAAUGCGGCCUCUGAGUCCACCGCUACCCUGCGUUCCGCCUUCUUGAGUUCCAACGCAUCUCGCGCGGGCUCCUCGGCAUCGGUAGGACCCUUCACCAUCCUCGAUUCCCCCUCGGUUUGGAGCAAGGUCUCGCCUUAUCUGUCUUACCUUUCCCUGCCAUCUCUCCAGGGCGCUUCGGCCACGAGAACAAUCUUCACCAUCCUGGCCAUCGUCGCCACUGUGCUUGUGCUUGAGCAAGUGACGUAUCGCAAAAAGAAGGGGGGUCUUCCUGGCCCAAAGUGGACGAUUCCCAUCAUUGGAAAAUUCGCAGACUCGCUGCAUCCCUCUUUGGAAAAGUACCAGGCAGGAUGGAAUUCCGGUCCUCUGAGCGUCGCGAGCGUAUUCCACAUCUUCAUCGUCGUAGCCUCGUCGACCGAACAUACCCGCAAGAUUCUCAAUUCGCCCACAUACACAGAGCCAUGCCUCGUGGCUUCUGCCAAGAAGGUCCUGAACCCCGACAAUUGGGUCUUCCUCAAUGGCAAAGCUCACGUUGACUUCCGCAAGGGCUUGAACACUCUCUUCACCCGCAAGGCUCUUGCCACUUACCUGAGCAUCCAGGAGUCCAUCUACAAGCAGCAUUUCCGCAAGUGGAUGUCAGACUCCGAAGAUGGAUCGUUCCGACCAUAUCAGAUGCCUUUCCGAGAUCUCAACAUGGACACAUCAUUGAGAGUCUUCUGCGGCGACUACAUCCCCGAGCAUGGAGCCAAGGAGGUUUCUGACAACUACUGGCUGAUCACCGUGGCGCUGGAGCUGGUUAACUUCCCUUUUGCGUUCCCCGGAACCAAAGUCUACAAGGCUAUCCAGGCCAGGAAGCUCGCAAUGAAGUGGUUCGAGCUCACUGCACGGGAGAGCAAGAAGCGUAUGGCCGAAGGGGGCCAGGUGAACUGCUUGACAGAUGCUUGGGUCAAGGCUAUGCUCGAUGCUAGGGAAGAGACAUCGAAUGGUGUCUCGGAGCUCACGAGCGAGCAGCGACGUCUCCUGGUCCGCGACUUCUCUGAUCGUGAGAUUGCCAUGGUCUUGAUGAGCUUCCUCUUUGCGAGUCAGGACGCCAUGUCUUCUGCAGUAGUGUACCUCUUCCAACACAUGGCUGACCGACCCGACAUCCUCCAAAAGGUGAGGGAAGAGCAGUACGCUCUACGAGGGGACGACCUCGACGCUCCAGUCACAUUGGACCAAGUCGAUCGUAUGGAAUACGCCCGUGUCGUCGUCAAGGAGUCUCUGCGGAUGAAGCCGCCCGUUAUCAUGGUGCCGUACUUGGCCCACCGUGACUUCCCAAUCGACGACAAGUACACGGUGCCCAAAGGAUCGAUGGUCAUCCCCUCGUUCUGGAAUGCAUUGCACGACGCAGAGGUCUACCACAAGCCCGACGAGUUCAUUCCUGAGCGAUGGCUCGAUCCUGAAUCUUCGGCCAACAAGGGCGUCAAGAAUUGGCUAGUCUUUGGCUCGGGACCUCACAAUUGCAUCGGACAACAGUAUGCUCUUAUGCAUCUUACAGCUGUCCUUGGCGCUGCUAGCAUCGGCAUGAAUUGGGAGCACGAAAUCACUCCGCUGAGCGAGGAAGUUGAGGUCAUUGCCACCAUCUUCCCAAAGGAUGGUGCCAGGAUGAAGUUCACGGAGAGGCGGAGACCUCAGGCAGGUGCUAGCCCCAAGGAGGCGGCAGCAGCUCAGCUAUAAAACGGCUCCAUUCGUUAGAAAGGGCCCCGAGGCCCUUAGCAGGUCAUGUACGUCUUCUGCGCUGCCAUGCAGUAGACACCGCCUUGCCUCGUUGUCGCGCCAUCACUCAAUUUCACUGUAAUAAGGAUCGUUUUUCAUGUUCUUUUUCGCACACCAUCUAUGUCCGCCUCCGAUCACACGUAGUGAGGGAGAAUCGAGCAUUACUUCAUUCACCCUUGUUUGCUAAUCCCCGCUUGACGAAUGUCGAAGCUCAGUGGUGAUUUCGCCACCUUGUCCGCUGACACACUGUCUUUGACUUUGCUGCUUCUGCAAUCUGCUUCAUGGUACUGGCACGCAUGCAACUAAAUGAUCCUCAUCAAGCUCG